CCUAGUAGUAGUAGUCUAGUAGCCUCGUAGUACAAACAUGGAAGUCUGCACUGUGAUGUCAAGACCACAUCUGACAUCACAAUAACAAACCUGCUGAUGUCAUUGCAGCCAAGCAACUGAACACUCCAGUAUUCCAUGAUACAUAACUCAAUUUGAACAAUCAACUGAAAAUGCUGGGUGCAGAAUAAUGCGAAAGGAGAUAAGCAGUGCCCCACCUGGGAGUUGACCAAUUGACCAUAAUGGAUGCAUAUGGCAGAUUAAGACUAGAUGGGAUGAGUUACCAAAGUAGAAAGCAUGCUUGGGAGAAGUGCUUAGACUCUAGUCUACGAAAAAUUAAAGAGAAGUUGGAUGAAAAAAUGAGCAACAUCCAGCUGGACAUUGAUGCCAGGCUCCAAAGAGUGGAACUGGAAUGUAAUGAAUGGAACUUAGCCACCAUGCUUGAUGAGAAAUUAGACACCAAAAUGGCCAGACCAAGCAGAGAGACAGAGGAGAGGCAACAGAUAUCAUCAAAAGCAGCUAAGAUGAGGACAGAAUGUGAGAGUCAUAAAAAGGACAGAAGAGCAGCCUAUAACCUUGAGGCAGACCAUCACAGAGAGAUGGAAAGAAGGAUCAGAGAGUUAGAAAGAUGGAAAAGAAAGGCAGACAGUGAACGCAUUAGAGAGCAAGGUAGGAGAGAGAAGCAAAAAAGAGAGGACAGUGUGUGUAGAGUGAAGAAUGACAAGGGGAGACAAUCGAGACUGGAAGAGGAAGAAAGGCUCAACGAUGAGAACCAGUGGAAGAAGCAUAAGGACAGGCAGGGUGAGGAAACAAAGCACCAGUGGGAAGAAUCGAUGGCGGUAAAAAAGAAACAGAGAGAAGAGGAUAUUAAAACAGAAGAAAUGGAGGGAAGAACAAAACAAGAGAAAGGUAGACUGACAGAGCUCGAGAAAGAAAUAGAGAAAACAAAGGAGAGAGUGAGGGAGAAAAGAAAAAUGAAAACGGAGAUAGAGGCUGAGAGAAAGGAAACGGAAGAACAUUUGCGAGAGCUGCACAAAGUAAGAGAAAGAAAGAACGAAAGACUAAAGAAGGAAGAAGCAACACAAAUAUGGACGCAGACACAGAGCAUAGAACAGGAGGACCAAAUGAGCGACCUGGAUAGAACAACUAAAACACACAGGAUGAAGGUAGACAAAAGGCAAAAAAGAAAAGACGUGGAAAUAGAUCGGAGGUGUGGAUCUGAUCAACAAAGUGUUCUGCAAUUUGACAGGAUAAAAGAAAAUGAAAGACUGGAAGAAGAAAGGAUGAGAAAUAAAAAAGAAAUAAAACAAGCAGAAGCAACCAUACAGGAGUUAUUGAUUAUAAAGCAAGAUCUUGAGAGGGCUAUACAAACACAGAAGGAAAUAGCGAGCAAGAGAGAACAAGAAAGGCUGAGAGAAGAGACAGAGCAGAUGGAAAUCCAACAAAAAAAAGAAGGAAUAGAGAGGUUGAAAGAAGAAGAAAGAAAGAAAAAAGAGCUUGAGGUGGCAAGACGAAGAGAAGAAGGCAGAUUGAAAGAACCGGGAGAUGAACUUGAGGAAGAGGAAGACAAACAGAAGAAGGAAGAACAGAAGAGACAAAAGGUUGAGAUGGAGGGACAAAGAGAGGAAAACAGAAUGAGAAAGUUAGCCACUGCCACAGUAAAAGAAGAUAGACGGAAGGAGGAAAGGAUAGAGAUAGAAACUGCAAGAAGGAGAGAAGGCUACCAUCUGAGAGAGUUGACCGAAACCGACAGAAAAGGAAAAGAGAGGCUGGAGAAGGAACCAGAGAGAAUGAAACAAAUGCAAAAUAAAGACCAACUCAAUAUGGAGGAAGAAAAUAGGAGUGUAAAAAGCAUGGGAAGUGAAAGAAGCCAUAGAGAUGACAGACUAAGUAUUCAGGAAAUUGAAAGGAUAAAAGAUGGACUGAAAAAGGAGAGGCAAAAUGAGAUGGAGAGAAAUCAGGGGAAAGAGAGAAUGCAGGAAUUAGAUAUUCAAGUGUCUGAAAGAGCACUACGACAAAAAGAGGAAAAGUUGGAAACUGAAAGAACUAGAAUAGAGAAGCUGAGAGAAGAGGCUGACAGAAAGCAAAUGGAAAUCCAGAAAAAGAAAGAAGAAAAUGAGAGAGUGAAAGAGGAAAAAUUACAGAAAAAAGAACAGGAGAUGGUAAGAAAAAGAGAAGAAUGCAGACUGAAAGAAAAAGAUAACAAGAAAGAGAACGACAGACUAGAGAAAGAAGAAAAGAAAGAUGAAGAAAAGGAGAGGUUGGAAGAGAAAAAAAUACAAAAAAAUGAAAUGGAGUUGGCAGGAAAAAGAGAAGAAUGCAGACUGAAUGAACUAGAAAAAGAAAACGAGAGAGAGAAAGACAGGAAAAGAACAGAAAGAAAGAAAGAAGAAAAGAACAGAGAACAGGCAGAGAAGAAGCGAAAGAAGGAUGAAGAGAUGAUAAUGCAAAGAAGAAAAGAAUUUGAAAAGUGGCAAAAGAAAGAGAAUGCGAUGGCAAACGGAAAGCAGAUGGAAAUCCAAAGAAAAAAAGAAGAAAAGGAGAGGUUGGAAGAGGAAAAAGCACAGGAAAAGAAACUGGAGAUGGCAAGAAAAAAAGAAGAACGCAGACUGAAGGAACUUGAAAGAGAAAAUGAGAGAGAGAAAGUCAGGCUAAAGAAAGAAGAAAAGAAAAGAGAACAAGCAGAGCAGAAGCAAAAGAAACAGGAAGACAGACUGAGAGCGUUGGAGAGAUUGCAGGAAGAAAGGAAGAAAAAGGAGAUGGUUGCAAAAGAACAACAGAAGCGAUGGGAAGAAAUGUUGGAAAGGAUUCGGAACAAGGAUACAGUAAAGGAGAAGAGUAUGUCUGUGAAGAAAAGGAAAGAAGUUGUUGGCGCACUUGACAAAGUCUAUCAUAAGGCCUGUGACAGAGGUGAGAAAAAAGUUGAGUUGGUGAAAGGUGCAAUGAAAGAGACAACGCAGGAGCAUCAAAAACAGCUUGAUAACACAGAGAGCCAAUGUGUUGAGAGUUUGAAAAAGCAACAGGAAGAAAAUGCAUCUGGGAUUCAACAUACGCUGAUUGAAGGACAUGUUUCAAAUACUGACACAGCUGAAGGUGCUUCUAUGACUGCUUCACCAGUGCUAUCUAACAGCCAUGAAGGUUGUACAACAAGCUCUGCACAACCUCCAGCUCCAAGAGUCCAAUCUAAGGACUCUAAAGGUUCAACAAGACCUGCUUCACCAGUCCAACCUAGUGGUCCUAAUAUUUCAAAAAUGACUGAUCCACCUGCCAAACCUAGUUGCUCUAUAACAACCGGUCUACCGGCUCAACCAAAAGGCCCAGACAUUUUGCCAUUGACUACUCCACCAGUACAACGUAAUGACCCUGAAGCUUCUCCAGCCACUUGUACGUCUGUCCAAUAUAUUGGCCCAAAGUCUUUGCCAGUGACUGAUCCAACUACCUUAUCUGAUGCCCUCCUCAAGGCUUCUUUAGUCACCUCUACACCUGUCCAGUGUAUUAGGCCUAAACCUUCUCCAAGAGCUGUUCCAAGAAUCCAGUCUAAUGACCCCAACUCACCGAUGGCUGUCCAAGCAAACCAACUCAGUGGUCUUACAAAUUCAGUUGUCACUGCUAUAUCAGUCAAAUCUAGUGGCCACAAAGGAUCUCCAGCAGUUGGUACACAAGUUCACCAUAACAGUCCUCAAGGUUCUCCAACUAUUAAUGCCCAAGCUCACCAUAACAGCCCUCAAGGUUCUCCGACUAUUAAUGCCCAAGCUCAGCCUAAUAGUCCUCAAAACAUUUCAUCUACCGCUAAGGGCCCGAUAGAUCCACCAGUUAAACCUGAUGACCACAUGACUCCACCAGCCCAAAAAAGCAGUUCUAAAUCUCCAGCAACGUCAGGUCCAAAUAAGGGCCCUGAAAAUGCACCAUCAGCCCAAACUAAAGCUCUUCAGAUGAGUCCAGCAAUGCUUGCUAAAUUAGAGCGAGCAAAAGCCAGAAAGGAGGCCUUUAAAAGUGCAUCAACAUGCAAAGACUAUUCCAUCUUCUGUGUGAAAAGAUAGAAAUCUCACAGCAUAUCAUACAGCAUAUAAAAAAACUAAACAAAACAAAAAAUAUCAUACAGCAUAUAAAAAAAUAAAAAUAAAUAAAUAUUA